AUGGACACUAAUCAAGCAAGAGAUAGUGCUGGCACUGCCCUGACGCAGCCCUCAUUCAGGGUGGAUAGUCAAGGGUCUCAGACUACUUCGUCGAUUGAAGACGAUGUAGCCAAGAUAAUUGGCCCCAUGGAAGGUGGUAAAGUCACUAAGGUUGAUACAAUUUUUUUACAGCAGGAAAUUGACGAUAUAAAGACCAAAGAAAGGGCUAGCGGCUUUAAAUUUCAGCCUUUCAAGAACUUGAAAUCAAAAUUCAAGGCCAAAAGAAAGAGACAAAAGGAGGCAAUUGACUCGGCAAAAAGGACAUUGCUGAGUGAUGAGCUAGACCUCCGAGCCGCGAACAAAUAUGACCAUGAGUACCGAAAGUUCAUUGAUAAAUCAUACUUUGCCGCUCGUAACGCCACAGCACAGCAGACAGAAGCGGAGAUGGAAAGUUGUUUUAUGGACGUUGAGCAAGCCUUCAACAAAGCACUCACAAACUAUUUCAAGGAAAGAUACAACAUCCUGGUGACUCAGACGAUCCCAAACGCCGCAGCCGAACCCGCAAAAGUAGCAAAAGCACCUCCACGCUCCAUCAGACGCCCUAAAAUACUUGGUAAGUCGGACGCUGACGAGUGCACUUACCCAUUUCCAAAGCCCGACUCACCUCACCACUUAUAA